CGCCAACGCCCAAUCCCGCUUACAAUUUUCACCUCUCCUUCCCACCAAAACUUUUAAGACCGCGGAAAAAUUUAUCGCGUUCUAAUAAAGACCUCGUCUUUCCCACGUCAUACCGAUCUUCUCGCCUCCGCUGAAUUUCUUGGCACGGAUAGGGUUUCUUCCCUCUCCGACGAGCAGAUCCUAUCUGGAAUACGGUUAUCUUCUUUGGUGAUUAUCUCCGUUGUGUGUUUUCAGACAUCUCGGUAUCUUGAUUUAUCGUAUUUUAAUCCGUUCGGUUGUGUGCGUGGGUUUCUCCGGCGAGAUCUUGGCUUCGGCGAUCUCGUGAUUUCUGUUAUUUUAUACCUUCGACACCGAGAAACUAAGCCGCUCGGCUCGUACUUACCUUUCUUGUAACCGAUCUUAUCCUCUUCUUCUUGCUUUACCCUCGUGCUUGGCGGUCACUCGUCUCUCCUCGUGUUGAGCACGGUUAGGGUUUCUUCCUUAUUUGGAAUCUGAAUAACUUUUUCUUUAAUCCAUUGCCGGUGUGCUUGUUUGCAAAACAAGCACGUUUGUUGAUCUCUCAUUUUGAUUCCCCGUCUUAUCAUCCUCCUUGUUGUGCCCGAGGGUUUCUACGGCGAUUUCUCACCUCCAUUGAUUUAGGCGAUUUCCACUCAAAAACCUAUUCUAAACCCGCAACCCUGCACAGGGGAGCCGCUGUGCCGCACAGUUCGCACUCUAUAACCUCACCGCUCUCUCCAUUUCUCUUCCUGUUUUUUUUUUUUUUGUUUUCAGCUCGUCAUCAAAUGUUCGCUCCCCAGCGUUAUCACGAUUAGAACUUCUCCUUCGAACGCUCAUAUAUACUCUUGAAUCUGGAUAUUUUCUACGGUGUUCAUAUCUAGCGUGUGUUCGCGUUACAAUCACGUUGUUCCUCUUUUGCCGUGGUUCCCCUUAUUUUCUUCUUGGUUGUGAACCAGGGCUUGUCCGGCGAAUUCUCAGCCUCUGGCAUCAGAAUACUCUAUUUUUUCAAAGGUAUUCUCUGAAAGACCUGGGACAAAACAGCCUGUAAUUCCAACACCCCCAAUCUUAGUGCCUUCUCUUGAGCUACAUCACCAUGAUGCAUGAGAAGUGCAAAAGCUUCUUCUUUCAUGACUGGCGGAACUGGGAUAUCAAUGUUCAUGACGAUGGAGGCUUUGGCAGGGAUGAGAAAUCGCAUGAAGGCAAAUGUGCUUAUGAUCCCACAGACCUUUUGCCGGUGGAUCCAUUUGAGAUGAAUCUGGACAGUACUUUAUUGGAGAUAGAUUUGGGCACCAAAAUAUCUGAAACUAUUGCAGAAUGGAUUGAAACUAAUAAUGAUGAUUAUCUCAUGGAUGGUGAUGCUAUUGUUGCUGUCUUGAGUUACUAUUGGAAAAAGGCUCUUUUGUCUUCUUUUGAGACUCAAUUGAAUCCUGGAAGUUAUGUUGUUGAUUUCUGUAACAAGAGCUUCUCAGGACUAGUACUUGAUGUUACCGGAGGUGAAAGUUUUGGGGUUGUGGAGGAAGCUCCUGUUACUACAAGCGAUGCUUUUCAUUCUGAUAAAGAUGGGAGUUUCAUACAUGAGGGACUGUUCUUAUCCCUUGGAUAUUUGGGCGUCCAAGAUCUUCUUUCCGUUGAAAGAGUUUGCAGGUCAUUGCAUUUUGCUGUCCAGAACGACACCCUGUUAUGGAGACACAUCCACAUUGAUUCUCCAUUGAGUGAGAAAAUAACUGAUGAUGCUCUUUAUCAGUUGACAGAGAGGGCCCAAGGAAGCCUGCAAUGUCUGAGUUUGAUGAGAUCCUCAAUGAUCACUGAUGCUGGCCUCAGGCGGGUGCUGAGUGGAAAUCUGAGGCUCAAAAAGUUAAGCAUACAUGGGUGUCUGAGGCUGAGUGUGGAGGGCCUCAUAAAUAGCCUGAAGCCUCUCAAGUUAUCAGGGAUGCCUGGUCUGAAGACCAUAAAACUUGGUAGGCUAUUCAUUGCAUCUCCAGAACAGUUUGAUGAAUUAAGGUUUUUAGUAGGCGCAGAUGAACUAUGCCGAGCAAAAGCUCGGAAACUAAAGUUCUAUCACAACAGCGUCUCAUCACUAGCUUGUGAUGAUGAGGAAGGUUGUCCCAUUGAUAUUGAGAUCUGUCCUAUUUGUCAGAAGUGCAGGCUUGUUUUUGAUUGUUCUUUAGAAAGCUGCCGUAGCAAAGGCCCGGAACAUUGCAGGGCAUGUGAUACUUGCAUUCCAAGGUGUCUACAAUGUGGUCGGUGUAUUGGCAACUGUGAAUAUGUGGAGACAUUUUGUCUUGAAUUUGUCUGCUCGGCCUGCUGGAAGAAUACUUCUCCAAGUGAAUAUAUAUUUGAGAAAUGAGCCAAUGCCAACUGGAAAUUUCUAUGCGGCAUUGUACUUGUUUCUAUUUUGCUGGCAAUGCUGCUGUGGAACUGGGCUAUAGGUCUGUGAUGAUGCAGAUAGUGUAAACUUUAUGUUUGUUGCUAGUUACAAGCUGUGUUGGAGCAUAAUUUGUGAUUCUUGUUAUAUAUGAUGCGACACUAACCAAGAAGUGAAGAUGAAUAACGGAAUUAUGCUAGAAACGGCAUUUGAGAAAAAAAAAAGAACUGUUAGGCCAGCUCUACAAUGAGUUUAAGCUCUUGGAGCAUUAUUUGUGCUAUAUAUCUUUACCCAAACCACUGGUGAAGAAAGGAGAAGAAAAAGUGGGAUGCUAAAAUGACAUUUGGAAAUAGAAGAAAACUAAGUUGAAGGAAUGGAAGGUUAUUUGAUGUUUUGCCCACCUUUAUUGGAGGCAUUUCUACACGAUUUUCAGCAUUUGAACAUCUCCUAUUUUGAAGCUGUUUCUGCAUUUUCUGACAAACCUAGAGUGGUUUAUGUGAUAUUAUGCCUUGCCUUCAUUGUAAAUCAAUUCUAUACUUCUGAAGCUUUUGGAACACAACCUUAAGGUGAAGCUGCUUUUUCAUAUUCCGACAACUCCCAAGUUUGUGUUUGAAGUCUUAUCAGCAUCAUCAUCAUCAGCCUUAUCUCAGUUACUUGGAAUUAGUUUUAUUAUUUCUCUUUUUUCAUUCGUUCAUUCUUUCUGAAUGCUGCCAAAGUUGUAAGGCGGGAUUGAAGUCCAAAGUUUACUGUUCUCGAGUUGCAGUUAAACUUGGUUUGUUGUCUCUGCAAUUCCCGUGCCUCAUCACGUUCUCACUCGUUUUAACUCUUGUUGGAUGCUUUGAAGGAGUUGUUAUGCAGAUGUUUUACUUAUUCUGCUUUUUGGACAUGGGAAGAUUACUGGAGCAUGCAGUGAUCAAGUUUUUCUAUAGAGCAUGGUCCGCAGACCAUAUUUUGCAGUUUUUAUGAAAAAGAGUACUGACAGAAGAUUACAGAUUCUUCAUGCUCUAAUUUGAUGUACGUGGUGCAUGGAGGCAUGGUAGAUUUGCAGCAAUUAAAUAUGGUCUGCAUCAUGUCUCUGUCCUAAAAAAUGGUGCUUAUAAAUGCUGCUACGGCUAUGAAAUUAAUCACGUACUGAAUGCGGUUGGGGGUUGGACAUUUCUAUCUGAUGGGCUCUGUUGGUGCUUAUAAUACUGCCAAUAUUAUGGUUCCACUUCAUACCCAUAAUCUGGUUUUAUUCGCAUUUGAUAUUAUGAGAUUUCAACUGAUAACUUUUCAGUUUCAAUACUCUCUUGUACUUGGAAAAGUACUGGUGUUAUCAUAUACAUUUUAUGUUUUAUUUUUCGAUGUAUACACGAUCUGGCUUGUAAUUCGAUUUCAUGGGGUCCUCUCGUUUUAUUGACUUACCUGUCAGCUAA